CGAACUCUUCCAGUCAAAGAUGGACAUGAGGCGGCACAAGAAAUACUCUUGCAAUGCCGUCAGCUCCCUCUACGAGACCCUCAGCGAGGAGAUCAAGCAGGAAGGGGCUUCCGAUGGGCAGGUCCACGAGUGCAAGGAUUGUGAGAGGAUGUUCCCAAACAAAUACAGGUAAUGCACCUGGGAACCGGUGAGAUGCUGAGCAUCCUGGCUGGGGCUGGUUGGAGUUGGUCCAGGACACCUGGGGGGCACCAGGUUUACUCUGUAGCCCUCUUACCCUGUUAGACCUCUUUCAAAAUUAGGCUUGCUAGAGUUAGUAGCGAUGGGAAGACCUGUAGUAUCUGUGCAACAUGUCCGCCCAUUUCUCUCUUUCAGCUUGGAACAGCACAUGAUCAUCCACACUGAGGAACGGGAGUACAAAUGUGACCAGUGUCCGAAGGCCUUCAACUGGAAAUCAAACCUGAUUCGUCACCAGAUGUCGCACGAUAGCGGCAAGCGAUUUGAAUGUGAAAACUGUGUAAAGGUAUGGCUGUGAUGGGCGCCAUUGAUUGACUCCGGUUGUGGUCCCAACCACUCAAGAGGAUCAACCCUACCUUCCUUUGAAGAUGGGGAAAUAAAGGGACAGAGGAAGACUAUUUUGAAAUAAAACAAAUGCCAUGGAUUGGCUGGACACAGAGGAAUGGUGGGAGACACUGGGGAACUCCCAAGGGAAGAAGCCCUGAAAGAGGUGGUGGGAUGAAGAUGAGUGGUCAGAGGGAGAAGACUGGGAGUAAGUGGAGGGGCUGGCAGCUAAGGAGGCAACGGCUUAGUGAGCUGGGAGAGUCUGUGGCAGAGAGAAGUGCAGAAGGCAGAGAGGAGGGAGGCCAAGAGGCAGAGAUGAGUCAGGCUGGUGAAGAAGCCAGGGUUUCUCUCCCUCCUGCUACAACAGGAGGGAGUCCUCACCAAUGGAGUCGCAGUACUAGGAGAGGCUUGAAGAGGGAGGGACAGAGACAGACAUGCAGGCACAGUCUCAGAUUGCUUGGGAAGGACCUGGGAGAGGAGGAGACUUGCUGUGGGAAGGCGGGGACCUUCAGUCCCCACAACUGCCUCUUAGGCACAAGACCUACUAAGAAGAGUUGAUGUGCUCAUUAGGCCUGGUGCUCUUGAGCUGACCUUAUACUUCCAAUAAAGCGUUAACUUCACUUACUCCAUAUGAUUUAUUGCUGACUUGCUCUUGGCAACAGUUCUUUAAAGACACUUUAAUCUCAAAAAUAAACCCUACCUCACAGGGCUGUUGUGGGAUGGGAAUUAAAGGAGGUGGGGCAGAACCACAUAUGUUGCCCUAAGCCCCUUGGUGGGGGGGGGAGGUGGGAUAUAAAUGAAAUGAAAUAAAUAAGUCGCCAGUAAACAGAACUUCACAGUGAGAUGAAUUUAUGUGGCUUUGUUCCUCAAAAAAGUUCUCUCUCUCUCUUUCUGCACUCCCUAUUUCCAGGUGUUUACUGACCCCAGCAACCUCCAGAGGCACAUCCGUUCUCAGCACGUCGGUGCACGGGCGCACGCUUGCCCUGACUGUGGGAAAACCUUUGCCACUUCUUCCGGCUUAAAGCAGCACAAGCACAUUCACAGCACUGUCAAACCUUUCAUAUGUAAGUUGUCAUGGCUGCCUCCGAGAGCGGGCCAGCCACUAUAAUUGCACAUAUCCUGAGCUGCAGCCUCCACCACCACCCCCUCCGGCCUCUGCCAGCAGCAGCCGCUGUAAUUUUAUAGGUCAGAGCACCAGAUUAAAUUCUGCCGCAAUUCCCACCCCCCACUUCACGCACGGCUCCUGUUUUUUCAGUAAACAUUUGAGGCAGGGUUUUUUUGUUUUUGACAGGUUAAAAGCUGAACUCUGCAGUCAGUCGGGCCAAUUUUGCCUGUGCGCGUUUCGUUGCAGCAAGCGCACACCCACCCACACCCACACGCCACCCCCCCCCGAAUCCUAGGAACAUAGGAAACUGACUUAUACAGAGUCAGACCAUUGAUCUCUCUAGCUCAGAAUUGCCUCCAAUGACUGGCAGGGACUCUCCAGGCUUUCACUCAGGGGGAGUCUCCCCCAACCCUACCUGGAGAUGCCGGUCUUUGAACCUGGGACCUUCUGCAUGCAAUGCAGAUGUCACAGGCUAUGGGGACCUUUUGGUCUGAUCCACGAGGCUCUUCCUGUGUCUGUGCAAUGAGCCCUUCCCCACUUCAUCCCUGCACCCUUUCCUGGGCAGAAAUAACCAACUCUGGGCAGCUUCCAACACACAUAAAAACAUAAUAAAACGUUAAAAGUUAAAAACUUCCCUAUACAGGGCUGCCUUCAGAUGACUUCUAAAAGUUGUGUAGUUCUCCAUCUCCUUGACAUCUGAUGGGAAGGUGUUGCACAGGGACGGUGCCGCUAUCAAGAAGGCCUUCUGCCUGGUUGCCUGUAGUUUUGCUUCUCACAGUGAGGGAACUACCAGAAGGCCCUCAGAGGAGAACCUCAGUGUCUGGGCUGAGCGAUGGGGGUGGAGAUACUUCUUCAGGUAUACUGGGCCAGGCCAUUUAGGGUUUUAAAGGUUAGCACCAACACUUUGAAUUGUGCUCGGAAACAUACUGGGAGCCAGUGAAGAUCCUUUAGGACCGGUGUUAUAUUCUUUAGGGAAGGCCGAGAAGGCGCUCUGCCUGGUUCCCUUAACUUUAUUGUGCCAGAAGGCCCUCAGAGCUGGACCUCAGUGUCCAGGCUGGACGAUGGGGAUGGAGACCCUCCUUCAGGUAUACAAGGCUGAGUAGUUUGUUAACUGUGCUGGGCAUUGUAGCUCUGUGAUGGGUAAAUUGCAGCUCCCAGGGUUCUCUGGGACAAGCCCCAUGCUUUUUAAAUGUGCAGUGGAUGUGUUUUAAGCAUAUGGUGUGGAUGUGAUUGUCAUCUUCUACACAAGGAAUUGUCUCAGCCAAUAUUUCCAGUGAGGUAAUAGGCUUGGUAAGCCAAAGUACGACUUCGGGUUCACAUGAGGGGCAGCAAUCAAACUGCUAGCACAUUUGCAAAGCUAAGCAGGGUCCGGUGUGGUUUCAGAUUGGAUGGGGAACCCCGCGUUGAGAUUGCUGCAUUGCAGGAGGUUGGACUAGAUGACGCUUAGGGUCCCUUCCAACUCUACAAUUCUAGGAUGCAGCAUUUCUGCAAAUUUGCUCGCUGCGAGAUCCUUUGCUGCUGGGAACUGGGGAAGUUGCUGGCUCAGCAGGGCAAGACAGCACUGAGCUACAUGGGCUGAGGGGUUAUGUUUGCAAUUUAUAUGUAAAAUUAUGUUGCUCCUCCCCACCCCCCCAUUGCUCAGCUUCAACAGGGUGGCACCCAAAACCAGUAAAAAACAACAACAAACAAUCAUUUCAGGUUGCAUCCAAUUAAGUCCUUUUUUAAAAAAAAAAACUAUCAAUUAUUUAUUGAUUAAGAUUUGCAUGUCUAUACAAACAUUAUGUGCUAUCUCUUAACAGGUAAAAAUAAUUAUAUAAAAUAGAAUAUUUAUAAAGAAAAAAAGAAAUAAAGAAGUAACAAAGAUAAGAAACAAAGAAAUCAAUUUUUUUAAAAAGAGACAAAGUUAUUUACAUAGUAAAAGUACUCAUCUGCACAAUCCUUCCCAUCCUUCUCAUUAUACUGUUUGAUAUAACAUUCUUUUUUACACAGGUUUACAUUGUAUAAUAUCAUUUCUUUCUGCUUUGUAUACGUUCCUUUGAUCUUUUUCUUUACAAAUAUCACUCAAUCACUCACCCAACUAAGUCCUAUUCAUGACUUUAUUAUGAAACACCACCUGAUUUCCAACCAGUUCUUUCAUAUUAAUUUCAUAUUGGGUUUUGGUGUUUUGGUUUCUGUUGAUGCUUUAGGUGAGGUCUGCCACAAGUCCUACACGCAGUUCUCCAACCUGUGCCGCCACAAGCGCAUGCAUGCCGACUGCCGGACCCAGAUCAAGUGCAAGGACUGCGGCCAGAUGUUCAGCACCACCUCCUCACUCAACAAGCACCGUCGCUUCUGCGAGGGGAAGAACCAUUACAACCCCGGGGGGAUAUUUGGGCCAGGCUUGCCUCUCACUCCCAGCUCAAUGAUGGACAAAUCCAAGCCAUCUCCUGCCCUUAACCAUGCCAGCCUGGGGUUCAGCGAUUACUUCCCAUCCCGGCAGCACCCUGGAGGGCUCCCCUUCUCCCCCGCUCCCCCAGCGUUCCCAUCCCUCGCCCCUGGGUUCCCGGGCAUCUUCCCUCCUUCGCUGUACCCCAGGCCCCCUUUAUUACCUCCGACGCCGCUGCUGAAAAGCCCCCUCAACCACACUCAAGAUGCCAAACUUCCCAGCCCCCUGGGCAACCCAGCCCUCCCUCUGAUCUCAGCCGUGAGCAACAGCGGCCACCCCGCCUCCGGGGAGGAGCGUUACAACAGCAGCAACCUGGGGAACUCCUACCUGGAGAAGCUCAAGGCCAGGACCAGCGACAUGUCAGACGCGAGCGACUUCGAGGACGUCAACACCACCACAGGAACGGACCUGGAUACCACCACCGGGACAGGGUCUGACCUGGAGAGUGACGCAGAGAGCGAUCGGGACAAAAUGAAGGAGAAGAGCAAGCCGUCCGAGAGCAAGCCGGAUUUCGGCAGUGGCGCGGUGCCCACCAGUUCCGCCAACAACAUGAGCGACCUCCCCCUCUUCUACUCGCAGCAUUCCUUUUUCCCUCCCCCCGAAGAGCAGCUCCUCCCCAUGGCGGGAGCAGCCAACGACUCCAUCAAAGCCAUCGCCUCCAUCGCGGAGAAGUAUUUUGGGCCCGGCUUCAUGGGGAUGCAGGAGAAGAAGAUGGGCUCCCUCCCGUACCAUUCCAUGUUCCCGUUCCAGUUUCUCCCCAACUUUCCCCAUUCGCUGUACCCUUUUACGGACCGCACCCUCAACCACAGCUUGCUGGUCAAGGCAGAACCAAAGUCGCCCAGGGACCUUCACAAACUGGGCAGCACCAGCUCCGAGUCGCCCUUCGACCUUACCACAAAGCCAAAAGAAAUCAAGCCAGCCUUGCCGCCCCCCAAAGUCCCGCCCGCUCACCCAUCCGGGGAGGAGCAGCCGCUGGAUCUCAGCAUCGGCAACCGCAUCCGAGCCAGUCAGAAUGGGAGCCGGGACUCCCGGAGGAACCACGUGUACGGAGAAAGGAAGUUGUUGGCCAGUGAAGUAUUACCCAAGAUCUCUCAGGCUCAGAUGCCGCCACAGCCAUCACUGCAUUACGCCAAGCCGUCUCCUUUUUUCAUGGACCCCAUAUACAGGUAUUAACAUAGCCUGCCUUAAUCGCACACGUUUGCAACUGAGGCCAACUGAGCCCCAGCGACAACGGUGGUGGCAAGCAGUGGUUGGGGUUGCCACCGCUACUGAGUUACCCCAACCCUGGUGUGUGAAGCAAUCACUCGGGUCUGGUCUACUUGCCAGCAAAGUUCUCAGGGACUGGGCAGAAGGGGAAUGGUGGAGACCGCCUCCCCAACCUAACCGAAGGAAGAGGAAGACAGUAGAUUUGCAACAGGGGUUUGAGGGAGGUCACAGCUCAGAGGCAGAUGAGGGGGAAAGUUGGAAAAUCAUGGGAGAGCUAGAACAACACCCAGCUGACACGUCACUAGAAAGCAUUCCAGAGCCUCCAUCUCCCAGAACCUGGCGAGCCUUGAAAGUAGGAGAGCAAAGAGCUCAAAAACAGAGGGCUCAUAGCAGCACCCAUAGAGGAGACGAUGAGAAUGACAAAAGAGGAAGUGGGAGAGAUGGGGGGUGGAGAUUCACUUGGUACCCAAGAGGCUGUGUUCUAUAGCCUCUCUCUGUAAAGACUGAAAUAAAAAAGGAUGGUAAGAAACUUUAUACUUUCCUGAGCAACCAGUCAGGAGCCCCUGACAGCAUCCUGACAAAAGUUGACUGUUAGCUGUGGCUGCAACAUGGUUAUGUUGUAUAUCACAUUGUAUCCAAUGAAAGUCUGUGCAAAGUAGACCCACUUUAAUUAAUGGACAUGACUGAACUAGGCCCAUUAAUUUCCAUUUUAUUCAUUGAAAUGAACGGCGCUGGGUCCUUAACAUUGAAGCGAUAACUUUAGUUAAAAACAACUCAGUUCCUCAGCUCAGUGGCCAAUAGAUUCACCUCCAUAUCCAGUGACAUUGACAAACAUAAUACACAUGGAUCAAUUAAAAUGAAAUAAAAUGUGCAGUUGCAUGAAGCAAAUAUUUUCCAAAGCCAAUAUCUGUGGCCAGACAUGCUCUGAUGAAUAGGGUUUCUUCCGUGGCAGGUAAACAAAACAGAACACCAACUUGAGCACGACUCCAAAAGUGUAAUUGCUUUUUUUAUGAUGUGCUGCAGCAAACAUUUCUUUCCAAAUUGAAAAAAGAAGACAUUUUAGUCUUCUGCCAGCAAUGGCCAUCCCCACCACCAGAAGAUAGAGUCAGGGGUGCCAACUUAAAUAAAAUAUUUAGAGUGGGGCAAGUAAGCCCCUCCCCGCAUAAUCGGUGACAUGACACGGUGCACACAAACUAUUUGAAUAGCAAUGCCCAUUAACUUUGGGGGGGGCCUGGCCCCCUCAAAUAUUUUAUGGGGGGGCAUGAAGACCCUAGGAGUUUACUCCUAUGGAUAGAGUCAUUUGAAAACAAGCUGACUGUUGGGUUAAGAGAUUGUUUUCAUCAAGUUAUCAUCUUAAAGCUUUUUUGCCUGUGCAAUAGGUGUAUAUGUAACUCAUAGGCUACCUUAACUUCUUUUGUAGCAAAUUAAUGAGCACGACUAACUUAGGUCCACCCAUUUAAAUGGAUCUAUUCUGAUCAAACAUAUAGCACAUGCACUCCUGAUUGUUCUUGGUCUGAUACAGUCAUACCUUGGUUUUUGAACAGAAUGCGUUCCAGAAGUCUGUUUGACUUCCAGAACAUUUGGAAAACAAGGCGUGGCUUCCUAUUGGCUGCAGGAGCAUCCUGCAGUCAAUCAGAAACUGUGGAAGCCGCACCAGAUGUUCGGAUUCCAAGGCAAAGUUUGCAAACCAGAACAGCUAUUUCCAGGUUUGCAAUGUUCGAGUUCCAAGUUGUUCAUGAACUAAACUGUUCAAAAAUCAAGGUACAGCUGUAAAGGGCACUAGCCAGAUAAGCUCUUCUUACCUUUUUGUUGUUGUUGUUCUUAAGUAUUGUUGUUGGCAUUCAUCUGCCUUGAGAGACAGUGGUUGUGCUCCUCCAAGGGUGAAGUCAAACCACUGUGUUAGCAGCACCAAAGUGAUCUCCCUGGGGCACAAGCCUGGGCAGUGUGUGUGGAGGUCCUGGGCUGCCCAGAUGACAAACUCCCACUCUUGAGCUCGCUGAUGUGGUCCAAAGGAAAGCAGAGCAAUACCUUUGGCAUCAGCUUGGCUGCAGGAGUUGCCAGAAGGAGGUGUACAAGAUGCCAUCCAAUUGUUUGAGGGAAUUGUGUAGGGUUUAAGUAUAUAGGCUUGUAUAGGACAAGUGGGUCCAAAAUUAGGAAACCAGAAACCGUGAUCUGCAAAUCAUGCACGGUGGAGAAGUUUGGGAAACCAUGACGUCAAUAUGGGAAGAUGCCAAGGAACUGUCUGCCAAGGUGAUGUUGGCUGGGCAUGUUGAGAAACCAGGAGGGGGGGGGGGUAAGGAAGAGGAACUUGAGUUUUCUCAAGAUCCCUUUUCAGAUUGGUACUCCAUGAGGAGGGCUUCCUUGUUCUCACUCUUGAGAUCCUAAGGACUUUGCUCAAAGCUUUAUGUUGCCUCUCCCAAUCAUGCUCAUCUAGGAAUGCCAUUCCAGGUAUGAAAAAUGGCCCUGACCAUUUUCGGCUUUGUUCCUUGGGAAAUAGCGACGGUAACAGUAGAGAUGGAAGUUAUUCCAGUGGGAUUCCAGCACCUCUGCGUAAGGGCUGGAAAACGUGCCAAAAUAACAGAGGUUGGAGGAAGCUUUGCCAGUCAAAACAGAAAGGCAGGAAACGGCACAGGAGCAGAAGACAGAUGAAUGAGAUGGAUCAGGGGAGGGGGAGGGACAUGCUCAGUGAGUUCCUGGGAGAUGUGAAGGAUUAGUAGCGGGUUCUUUUUUGGGGGGGGGGAGAGAUUUCAAAGUUAGAAACAAGUCAAAGGUUGUAAAUCCAACUGAGGAUGCCAUGAGUUAGCAGUCUGGCAAGCUCAGAAAAUAGAGAAAUGCAAGUUGGACCCGUAACAUAUUAUUGCUGCUCAAGGACACAUUUCAGCAAGGUGGAAACACUAAGGCAGGACCAGUGAGAGGUAUGGCUUUGGGAAAGCUGUGAGGGCCAGAUAGAUAGCCCUGGGGGGCCACAUUUGGCCCCUGGGUUGGAGGUCCUUCACUCAUGCUCUUAAACCAUGAAUGGGCCUGCUCUGAGUGGGGCUAAUGUUUGUUUCAGCCCAUUGUUAUCUUCCUGGCACAACAGUAAGGCAUCCCUUGGCAGAAACCAGGAAGGGUAGAUUAUAUAUACAUACAUUCUUAGUUCAGUUGGUAGAGCAUGGGACUCUUAAUCCCAGGUUCGUGGGUUCAUGUCUCAUGUUGGGCAAAAGAUUCCUGCAUGGCAGAGGGUUGGACUACAUGGCCCUCAUGGUCUCUUCCAACUCUACAAUUCUAUGAUUCUUCUGGUUUUCCCUGGAGGCCCUGUGAGGUAUGUAACCCUCUGUAUUGCUGUCCAGCAGGGUGGAGAAGCGGAAGGUGGUAGAUUCAGUGGGCGCAUUGAAGGAGAAGUAUCUGAGACCAUCCCCACUGCUUUUUCAUCCCCAGGUAAGACCAAAAAAAGAGAAAAGUUGAAUUUGACUUAGGUGCAGUUUGAUGAGAACCGACUUUGUCUGGAACUUCCCGGACAGAUGUGUGGAUCAGAGCAGCGGACUGUAUCCAGCUAUGACCUACUUUGAGUAGACCCAUUGAAAUGACUGGGCCUAAGUUAAUCAUGUUCCUUAACUUCUACUCUUAGUAGGACUGGCAGAGACUACAGCUCAUUAUUUUGCAAUUCCCUGGAUUUUGCAGUAGUUUCCAACUCAGAAAAUCAGCCCCAAAAAGGCAUUGCAAAAAACACACACAAAAAGUUCAUUUGUGGAGAUAGAAUAAAUUUUAUUUUUUAAAUAAAUUUUAUUGGUGUGUGUGUCCCCCCCCCCCACAGGUACAAACCUAGCACACCAGAGAUAAAUGUUCUACCCCAGCCAGGCACUUGUUUCUAGCCUGACAGCAACAACAUUAUUGUUAUUGUUAUUAGCCUUAUUUGAACACCAGGCCUUUUCAGAGCACCCAAAGCUCUGAGAUACUUUGCAAGUUCUCAUGAGACUCUUGAUCUCAAGGUUGUGGGUUCGAGCCCAACGAUCGGCAAAAAAACUCCUUCACUGCAGGGGGUUGGACUUGAUGACCCUCAUGGUGCCUUCCAAUUCUACAAUUCUAUGAUUCUAUUAUUCUAAGGGCCCUCAUAACUGAACACACAAAAAUGACGUUUCAUUGAAUGAGACCAUUGGCCUAGUGCUAUCAAGAGCAGAGUGGCAGGGUCUUGUGAUUCUGCAGGGUCUUGUGUGUUUCCACGACUUUGCUAAAAGAUCUAUAAGGCCCCUGCACAGGGGUCCCACCAUAUUAGGGGCCCCUUACUUCACUCUCAGCUUUAAGCACAUUUGCUAUCCCUUAAGCAGAGGGGCUAGCGAUACAGCACAAGCCAUCAGUGUCACAUCCCAAUUUCCCUUGUGUUGGAAACAGUAAGAGUCUACCCUGUGGUUUCAUUUACAGGGUACUCAACAACCAUUGUUUUGCGGCUGGAGCUUUUCCCGCCCGAUAUGGUUUUGCUUUCACAGCUAAACUUAGUUCCUUCAUUGUUUUGUCUCAGCCUGAGAGUUUGGUUAAUAACUUCCCCCGAUUUUCCAUUUGAGGAGGUCCUACAAUGGUGACAGGCUGGCCAGGGACAUCCUGUGUUUGUGUGGGUUAGAAUAGCAGGAGAGAAAUGAUCUGAUAGCUGUCCCAGAAAGUCUGGUGAGAAAGCUAUGCGCUCCGAGAAAGACUGUGUGCUGGGGGCGCAGAAGGGUCUAAAAGUCAAUCUCAUAAAAUUUGGACCGUGGAAAACAUCUGUCACAUUGGUUGUCUGUCAAGUUAGUAUCUGUCAACAGAAUAUAUACAAUGAUGGUAGUCGUUCUCACCAUCACCAUUAUCAACAAGUUCCUUUUUUUUUUUCAAAAUACCUUUCCUCCAAAUAACCCAGGGCAGCAUGUAUGAAUCCCCCAUUCACACUCACCCACCCAUUCGAUUCUCACAACAGCCCUGUGAAGUAGGGUAAGCUAAAAUAUAGUGUGUCUCUGAUGGUCAUCCAACAAGCUUCUUGACUGAGUGGUGCUGUGAACCUCUUGAAUGAUAGGACUAGGUUGUGUGUCUGGAUGGGGAAGAAACUUGAUUUAGCUUGCAUAUAAAGGUGAACCCACCUAAUUCACACUUUCUGAAAUAAUACGUGAAAUGAAACAAAGCCAUUCAUUGAAAUUGGCACUCCUCCGAAUUUUGCAGUGUAGUUCCCGAGCCAAGUGAGUCAUAUACUGGGACAAAGUGUCCAUAAAGAGGCAGAUAUCUGUGAUUAUAACAUUAAGAGUGCCUUGUAUUAGGGGAAAUUGCUUUGCAAAAAUGUUCAAAAUUGCACAUAAACAUGCGUACAUUGCAAUAAAUUUGCUGGUGAAUUUUCACAAAGGCAUAAUAAUAAUAAUAAUAAUAAUAAUAAUAAUAAUCUCACAAACUGGUGUGGAAAUGUGGAGUACUGAAGUUGGAACAAAUUAGAAAUUGAGAGAAACAAAAAUGGACAGACUUGCCCAUCCCUAACUGUGAGAAGCAGACUAGGGGGAGCUGGGAGCCAGGAGAGCAGCUAGUUGUCAGGACCAGAAAGCAAGUAAAAAAACACACCAAGGAGGUAAGAUCAAAGAGCAAACCAAAAGUCAAGACUAAAGCAUAACCAGACACAGGGACACGGCAGAGUUCAGGAAGACUGUUGUUCCAUCAAGGAUCAACUAGAACAGGAAGUCCUCUUAAACUACUUCCUGUCCAGGAAGAUCCAAUAGUCACCUUCAGUGAGCACAGUCAAUGGCGGAAGCUAUUUCACUUGGUAGCUUCUAUACGCAUCUCAAAGGUUUACUACAUAGGGGAGCUGCAUACAGACCCAGCUGUUCCUGACACCAUUUCCUGGCUGUAAUUGCUUAAAUUGUACAGCAUGUCCAUAGUUCAAGGGGUAGGGACCAUUUCAGCCUGAGCUGGACAUCUUCCAGCUAGGCAAAAGCACUUGAGGAGAGUAUGAAUCAGGGCCAGUAAGGGGUGUGGCCUGAGGAGAGGUGCAGGGGCCACACAGAGAGGUUUGGAAGGCCACAUUUUCCCCCUGGGACCAAGGUUCCCCACUCCUGGAACAUUCCCAGAAGGGGACAUGUCAAUCUGUCUGAAACCCUGGAACUCCAUACUGUGGCAUUUCCUUGCAAGUGCUAUUUGACAACAGCAAAAUAUCAGCAUAAGGUUGGGAUAGUCAACAUGGGGCUGCUUUGCAGACGUUGUUGGACUCCUCCUCCCAUCAGCACGCCCACCAGCAUGGCCAAAUGUCGGGGGCGAUGGAAGUUGUAGUCUAACAACCUCUGGAGGACCACAGGUGAGCUAACCAUGGACAGCUCUUUUUGAUACCCAACUCCUAAUGCUUUGUCAUUUAGUUUUACUGGGCCGUGCGGGGUUUUGGAAACCGAAAUGCUGAUUUGUACAAAAUCUGACAUUUCGGAGACCACUAGCCUUUGGAAACAAUAACAUAAAAAAAUAAAUAUAUGCUGGAUUCCCAUGCUGGAAUUUCUGAAAACAUGUCAUGUAUCUCUCUUUUGUUUUGUAAGGAGCAGGAAGGGAUAUAAACAAAAGAAGGCUUUCCCCCCUUCACUGAUUUUUGUACGACUCCAGCAUGAUCUGUUUUGAAUGAACCUCUGCCUGCACAAAUCAUUGGCAAGCCUUUCUGAUUGCUUAUUGGCAAGCCCCCCCCCCCCCCGCCCCCGCCCCGAUGACUGUCUUUCCUUCUUCCUCUUCCCUGCUUUUCUUUUCUUCCUCAUCUCUAUUUGUCAUUUCGAACCGGUUGCUCCUGCCUUAAAUAGCAAAUGCUGCUGCCAAACGGAGAGGCCAGGGCCUGCCUUUAGAAUUGUCGAACGAGCCCACGACAUCUCACACUGGCAAACCCUCUGUGAUUAAGUGCCAAAAGAGCAGGGAGCGACAAAAGCCGGCACCAGGUACUCCGGUAAAGGGCUGAGUGAAAAGAACCCUCGACGAGAUCCACCAAGUGUUUUGCAACCCGCUCGGUUUUGUUACAUGACUGGCAGCGGGGGCUGGCCCUCUGUUCCCUUGCGCUAUUAUCAUACAGGCCUAGGAUCUGUUCUAUUAAAUAACACAAAAUGGCUUUUAUGGGACUCCUUUCAUUUUCUUUUUUAAGGUUUAUGAUUGGUUGUCAACCUUCUGCAAUUUAUUCCUCAAUGAUCAGGACAGCACUCUCUAUCUAUCUUCCUUCCUUAAUGUUGUCCCUUGUUUUCUUUCCUUCUCUCUCUCUCUCCCCUUCCCCUUCCUUUCCUUUCUUUCUUACUCAUUCUCUCUGUCUCUGUCUCUGCCUCUCCCCCCUUCCCUUCUCUCCUAUUUUCUUAGUCAUUCUCUCUCUCUCUCUCUCUCUCUCUCUCUCUCUCUCUCUCUCUUUCACACACACACACACACAGAGAGAGAGAGAGAAAGAGAGAGGUAGGAGGGAAUUGGGGGGGGGACUGUACAUGUUCCACAUUUUAAUGUAAAGCCACUGACUUCACACUUCGGAGAAACUGAAUUUGGCACAUCCGUCUGUCAUUAGAAGUGGUAUGCAUUCUUAGGCAUUAUCUCCAGUCCCAUUUCAACAGAGCAGGAGCAUGGCAAAUGCCAGCUCUCCCAGGUACCCAACAGAGCACUUUGUUUUGUGACUGAAAGAUCCCUCCUACCAUCAAAAGUGUGACCUCCCGUCCACAACCCUGGACUCUUAAUUCUGAGCCUUUCACCCUGCUCAGCCUCCGUUGCUCUUUCCUUCCCGCAUAACGAUACCAUUAAGACAGUUUUUAAUCGCCUAGCUCUUGGCGUAACACAGCAAAGAUUUAUCUUACAGGGCAACCAUUUCGCUUUACUUUAUUGGGCUGUUUCCCCUGCAGAACAAUGUUAACCAGCUAUAAGGAAGAGAUGUUUAGCACAGACUCCAGUGUGCUAGUUAUUGCAGGUUUCUACAUGGGAGGAACAUUUGGAAGGAAAAACAAGUUGGGAGUGGGGACAGGAUGGUUCUCACUGAAAGGCCAACUUACCUAAAUUGCAGGGUCUGAAAGCAUGUGCACUGAAACACACCUCUCUGAAUUUUGCAAUGCAGCUUCUGCAGCCAAGUAACAUGUUUUUAAAAAUGCAUGUACUAGGAGAAAGUGUGCACAUAAACGCGUACAUUGGCAAAACUAGUAUAAUAAAAAUACAUUAUAUUUUUGGCUAAAAUGCUGGUGAAUUUUCAUGAGGAUAUCAUCAGCAGCAGCAUCGCACACUAAUGUGGAAAUGUGGAAAGCUGAAAGGUAGAAGGGGGUGUUACUGGGUUGUUGCUUUUAUUUUUAUUAUAUAUAUUGUGAUUUUUAUCUUGAUCUUAUCUAUGAACCGCCCUGAGACUUUCAGGUAUAGGGCGGUAUAUAAAUUCAAUAAAUACUACUAAUAAUAGUAGUAGUAGUAAUAGGAAAAUGAGACAAACUGAAACAUUCACCCACCCCUAAGUGAUGAUAAAGCAGCAGACCGGCUCCUGCAGCCUGGUCUGAUCUAAAUGUUUGCACCUUACAUCAUAUAAUGUGCAGAAGAACUCCAGAGCAAUAUCUCAUUAAUAUCAAGGAAGUGGAGUGGCUAGGCCCGACUCAGAAUUAUCUCUGUCUGAUAGAUAGAUGAUAGAUAGAUAGAUAGAUAGAUAGAUAGAUAGAUAGAUAGUGUCAGCAUCGCCCUUGAGCCAGUGCUACCAACUGGACUUACACACUUCAGCCCCGACUGGGCUGGGUGAGCUGGGUAGCAGUUCCAGAGACCACCUUCUGUACAGGAACAGGUCAAAGUGCUGUGGACUCACAGCUUAGAGUUGUGAGCACCGGAUUCACUCCAACAAGAAGACAGUCGUUGCACAGCAGAGUAUAGCAGAGUAUAGCAGAGCAUAAAUGACUCGGAGAGCAGCUCUGUAGAAUAUCUUCUUUUAUUCUAUCUACAACUAUAAUACACAAUACGGAGCUAAAUGAGGUCUAAACGAAAAUGCUGAACUGCACUGAGUGUCUGCAGCUGCUCUUAGCAGCAACCUUAUCUAUACACACGAUCUCUCUCUAACACUCAGUCUCUCUCUCUCUCUUUGAUGUGAGGCUGGAGUGGAAUAAGUAGAGAGCAGAAACCGCCCCCUCCUCUCUGGAGAAUCAGCAGAGAAACAUCAGCAGAUUCUUGGAUAUGGGAGGGGUGAAAUCUCCUCAGAUAGAUAGAUAGAUAGAUAGAUAGAUAGAUGAUAGAUAGAUAGAUAGAUAGAUAGAUAGAUAGAUAGAUAGAUAGAUGAUAGAAGAUAGAUAGAUGAUAGAUAGAUAGAUAGAUAGAUAGAUAGAUAGAUAGAUAGAUAGAUCUGUUAGAUGCUUAUAGGCGUGCCUGGUUGAUAGAAUCUAGAAUCCUGCCACCACCCUGCUUGUUCAAAAUCUAUAAACAAAUUGUGAUGGCCACUACGGGCGACAAACCUUCCCCCUUCUCUGAACAGAUGUCAGCAAUAGAAACCAUGACGGAGAAACUGGAGAGCUUUGCAGCCAUGAAGGCAGACGCCGGCGCUUCCUUGCAGCCCCUCCCGCACCAUCCCUUCAACUUCCGGUCGCCGCCCCCAACGCUGUCCGACCCCAUUUUGCGCAAGGGCAAAGAACGCUAUACCUGCAGGUAAGAAGCGAAGGGCCGCCAGCAGCUGCUGCAAAGAACAAGGAAGAGAAAAUGCUCGGCUUGAGGUGGGAUGCAAGAUCUGGGACAGAACUCUCUCUGUUCACUUCUCUCCUCCUUCAGAUCACCAGGGAGAGGUAGCAAGAGUGUCCCCACACACUGCCCUUUUGCAAGCGAUCCAUUAGCAUUGAUAUGAGCCUUGAAAAGCCCAUAGAGUUGAAAGAGGAAGUGGGAAAGAGCAUCACUUUCCCAACUUCCUCCUUCAGCUCUAUGGACUUGUUGAGGGGGAAGAAGGUAAGCUGCCUCACCAACUUGUAGACAAGGGGGCACGGUGCGGUGGUGUCAGGGGGCUCAGAAGCUUCAUGGGCACCAGGAGGAAGCCUCAAGGAUGCCAUUGCACACAUGGGCACCCUGUUGGUGACCCCUGAGCUAAGAAAAUGAAACAAACAGCCUCUUCCUCUUUCUGAUUUCUUUGCUUGAGAUUCCCUCUACCCCCUCAUGCCGGUUAGUAACCUCUGGAUCACACCACUAUAGCAAAGGGCCAUGGAGGAAGGCUGUCGUUCAGUGGUAGAGCAUCUGUUCCUGUGAUAGCCAUAAGACUAGGGUAUGAACUUCACUGUCUUCUCGCCUCCUAGGUACUGUGGUAAAAUAUUCCCGCGUUCAGCAAAUCUGACGAGACAUCUGCGGACACACACAGGAGAGCAACCUUACAGGUAAGGGAGAACGUAGCUUUAAACCUCAGGACAAACAGCGGAAAACAGUCAAUAUAGACUUUUUUUCUGAAGAGAAUUAUCAGCAAGAAAGGUUUGGGGCAAAUAUAAAGGAGCCUGAUUUAUCUGUGGAACUGAUUGCCACAGGAUCAUGGGAUGGCGACUCAGCGUAGACAAACCUAGCAGACUCUCAGCAGAUAAGCAUUAGCUGUGAUGCCUCAGAAUGGAGCCUCCAUGUUCAGGGCCUCUCUACCACAAGUGCCCUUUUAGAGUUCGGUGUGGAGUAGAAGAUAAGCCGCAAAAUAUCUGCUGGGGUGGAGCUCUACAAACCUGAUAAUUUCUAAGAGUUUUAUCCAUUGAAAUUAAUGGGCAUGACUGAUGUAGGCCCAUUAAUUUCAAUAGGUUUACUCUUGAGUUAAACUUACUAGGAUAAUGGCAGUUUUUCAUAAUGGCGCCGAGUAAAGGGAAAUUUCAGUCCAAUUUUGGGGAGAGGCGGAGGUUGGAUUUCAACCAUUUAUUGAGACGAUUUGCCAGCAGGGUGUGUGUGAAAGAGAAGGGCAUAAAAGUAGCUUUAGCAGGAAGAAAGAGGUGGUCUGAAGCAAAGGAAGGAUAAAAGAAGUGGUGGAGGAGAAGGAAAGAGCUUGUGGAGGACCACUCUAUUACAGUGUUAUGGACUGGGGGGAGCGAGACCCUGGAAAUUAAUAAAUGGUAAAGGUAAAGGGACCCCUGACCAUUAGGUCCAGUUGUGGCCGACUCUGGGGUUGCGGCCCUCAUCUCGCUUUAUUGGCCAAGGGAGCCGGCGUACAGCUUCCGGGUCAUGUGGCCAGCAUGACUAAGCUGCUUCUGGCGAACCAGAGCAGCACACGGAAAUGCCGUUUACCUUCCUGCCAGAGCAGUGCCUAUUUAUCUACUUGCACUUUGACGUGCUUUUGAACUGCUAGGUUGGCAGGAGCAGGGACCAAGCAACAGGAGCUCACCCCAUUGCGGGGAUUCGAACUGCCGACCUUUCGAUUGGCAAGCCCUAGGCUCUGUGGUUUGACCCACAGCGCCAUCUGUGUCCCUAAUAAAUGGUAGGUUUUUUAUUAUUUGGGGAGAAAUACAGGCUGCAGAAGAAUUCCCAAACUAGCCUAUGCAAAAUGACCUGGCCAAGCUAGGAUCAUUAAGAAGCAACACAGGGCUGUUGAGAGCCAUUGGCAAUGCAAGAGAACUGUCCUCCCCACUUUUCCUGAGGUGUGGACAGAGACUGGAAGGUUGCCAUCAGGGUAACUGGGUGUGAGGUGACAGGAGAAGAGAGUUUUUAGCAAGGUGUUUGAGGAAGAAGAAGGAAGAAGAAAGACUGUAAUCCACCUUGGGCAGGUUGGCUAAAGCAGGCUUCCUCAACCUCGGCCCUCCAGAUGUUUUGGGCCUACAACUCCCAUGAUCCAUAGCUAGCAGGACCAGCGGUCAGGGAUGAUGGAAACUGUAGUCUCAAAACAUCUGGAGGGCCGAGGCUGAGGAAGCCUAGGCUAAAGGCUGUCUGGGAGAGAUGCCUUGGACUUCAGGGCUGCACUGCUGUAGGGAACAAGCCCUUCUGGAAAGGACCAUGCUGUAAGAGCCGGACUCCUUCCAUGCAGACUGAAGGUGUAAAUAGAUGAAUAAACAAUAUUUCUUAAAGCUACGGCAGUCUCCGCCAUGCCUCAAUUCUCCAAAGGAACAUAGACCCUGGGUGAGUGCCUGGGACCCUCUGGGCUUGGCAGAGGGGAGGUGGCACCCAAGAUUUGUAACACUAGAAACAGUGUUAGAAGCAAAGGAUCUGGCGAUGAAAAGAGUGCCCAAAUGCUCAUAGUAAAGGUAAAGGGACCCCUGACCAUUAGGUCCAGUCGUGGCCGACUCUGGGGUUGCGGCACUCAUCUCAUUUUAUUGGCCGAGGGAGCCGGCGUACAGCUUCCGGGUCAUGUGGCCAGCAUGACUAAGCCGCUUCUGGCAAACCAGAGCAGUGCACGGAAAUGCCGUUUACCUUCCCGCCAGAGUGGUACCUAUUUAUCUACUUGCACUUUGACGUGCUUUCGAACUGCUAGGUUGGCAGGAGCAGGGACCGAGCAAUGGGAGCUCCCCCUGUUGCGGGGAUUUGAACUGCCGACCUUCUGAUCGGCAAGUCCUAGGCUCUGUGGUUUAACCCACAGUGCCACCCGCGUCCCAAUGCUCAUAGUAUGGGACUCACAAAAGAGUGUCUGGUUUUAAGGCACACCUUGGGUUCUCUGAGAAUCCUGGGGACCUUGGUCAGGGAUAGAGUAUACUUGGCAUGUGUCAAUUACUUUAAAAUGUUUUCAGCUGGCCCUGUUGCGUUUGGGGGAGCCUCCUUCUCCAUCAGCAGAGCGAGGUCUCCAAUUUUCACCCCAAAGCCCUGCCCCUGUCCUCAUGGGAGCUUUCAGCUCUGCGCUAGGAUUUUUUGUUUUAUUUUUCAUUUUGGUCAAGACCUGCUUCCAUGGCCACUGCCUCGCCCCCAUGCGCAUUCUGCAGUUGCUUCCCUGCUCCCCGCUCUUCCAAUCUGUCUGUUGGGCUGUUGGGCUGCUUGAAGGAGAUGAAUGCUGCCAUGUUCCCUUGUCCGGAGCCCAAAGCACACAUCAGAUCAUUCACAGUUUGUUCAGUCCAUUUUUCUUCCAAAAAAGGAGACUUUGAUACUUAGCAUAAGUUAGCAAAAUAAAGUUGUAUUUGGCCUGGUCCUCUCCCAGAAACGGGGUUGGGGAAAGUCUGUGCAUUUUUAUUAUUUUUUAGCAAUCAAGCUUUGACUUCUGGGCAAUCCUGCAUAGUAAUGGCACUCCGGAGAGGGAAGGUGGCGUUUUGCAAAGAGCAAGGGCCACUGUUGGGGUUUUUUUUCUUUUCGCAAUGUUGGCUUCUAAUUUUAGCAAAACAAAUGGCUCCUUGGAAAGCGUUCUGGCUUGGCCUGGGCAGGAAGAAGCCCAUUGCUAGGUUCUAGCUCAUAUAUUUGGACCGUUUCCCUCCCCCCACUUCAGCUGCUUAAGUAGUUCCUUUGUUGGCCUAUUUAAUCUGAAGAGAUUAAUCAAGCAACUGACUGUGAGUGAGCGUGAACUUCAGGGCAAGCAAAGCAGAGCUGAGUUGAUGAACUUUGCUCCAAUCCCAAUUCCCAGGGCAAUCCUGGUCAUGUCUACUGCCAUGGAUUCUUCAGCUGUGGCUCCUAAGUUGCAGGGAGUUGAUGAACCCUGUGUUCCCUUCCAACUCUGAUGAUUCUACUCUUAUGUAAACCCCAACAACGUCUCGGCCCAGUAUAUCCAAAAGAGUGUCUCCACCCCCAUCGUUCUACCCGGACACUGAGGUCCAGCACCGAGGGCCUUCUGGCGGUUCCCUCACUGCGAGAAGCAAAGUUACAGGGAAUCGGGCAGAGGGCCUUCUCGGUAGUGGCUCCCGCCCUGUGAAAUGCCCUCCUAUCAGAUGUCAAAGGAAUAAACAACAAAUAAAUAAACUUUUAAAAGACAUCUGAAGGCAGCCCUGUUUAGGGAAGUUGUUAAUGUUUGGUGCUGUAUUGUGUUUUUAAUAUUCUGUUGGAAGCCGCCCAGAGUGGCUGGGGAGUAAUAAAUAACAACAACAACAACCUUCUGUCAUGGAUGCUUUAGCUGAGAUUCCUGCAUUGCAGGGGGUUGGACUGGAUAACCCUUGGGGUCCCUUCCAGUCGUACAAUUCUACAAUUCUUUGACUUCACUGCAGUGUACUCCCUGGUAAAUGUGUAUAGGCAAAGGUGGGGGGAACUACGACCCUCCAGAUGUUGCUGGCAAGGUUUGCAGGAGUAUCCCCUCUCUGAAAAAGAAGCAAAUCUCAAAAAGUCACUGGUGUGUGAGCAUGCUCAAUGGCCAUGCAAUGUUCUGUAUCAGUUGGAGAGAGAAAAAAACCAAUUAAAGCAAGUGAAUAAAGAGAAAGACAGGGAGAUUCCCUACAGCGGGAUUCUGCAAGCUGGUGUUCUCCAGAGUCUACAACUCAACAUCAACCCCAGCUAAUACAUUGGUGGGGGGGGGGGAGGAAGCCAUAGCUCAGUGGUAGAGCAUCUGUUCUCCAGGUAGAAUUCAGCUCCCAUAUGAAACUGUGGAAAUCCACUGCCAGUCAGAGUGGUUAGUCCUGAGCUACAUUGACCGAUACACAGUAGCUUCCUAUUUUCCUAUGUCUAUUGGUCUAGGUGAGGAAAAGUAGGGGCUAAGCCCCAUUGCUUCCUUCAAUAAGAUUAAGAUAAUAUCAAACUCUGUUGAAACUGGGUCCACAGUUGCCUCUUGAAUUCAUGGGUGGCAAAUCUGGGGUAGACCCUAUCUCCACAUCCUCUCCAGGGGAGGACUGGAAAUUCACCCCCAACAGUUCAGGAAGAACUUGAGAAUGGGAAAGAUUUCCGAAACUGUUCAUGAAAUUGUGAAGUUUCAGUUCAGGCCUCCUGCUUCUCUGAAUGCAAAGCCAGCCCCUCUCUUUGUCUAGGUCAGUGAUUAAAAGCAGCACAGUGACCCCUCUGAGAACUCAAAUAACCCAAUAACUGUUUUCCCUCACUCCUCGUAUGCUCAGCCAUGAGAUAGAGCCUUCUUAACAUCUUCCUCUGGUUUUGAUUUUUUUAAGCAAGGUAAUUAUCUAAACUCUGUAUCCUAACUUCUGUGCCCAUCACUCACAGCUCAAGCGAGGGGCUCUCCAGAGUAACUUUUCAAAGACUUCCAGAACAGAUAGGCAAUGGGUGCUUUUUCUUAAUUUGCACAAGGCUCUUUGAAGUCAUCAAUUAUUAUUUUUUAACAAAAGGAACAGGAAAAUACGCUUUAAAUGGCAAACGGUGCCAGCAAAUAAUAUAGGUGACGGACCAUUGGAUCAUGACCUGCGUACCUUUUUUUGUCUCUUAAAGAAGCUAGAACAUCUUUUCAUAUUUUCUGUUCCGUUUUAAACUCACCCCAGGAAUGAAGAAGGCUCCUCACUCCUGUUGUCAGGAACAGAGGUGUGACUCAAAUGUUCCCCAAAGUCCUUACAGUUCCAGGAAUUUGGUAGCCCAGAAAGGAAAGAGACCUCAGCAACAGAUAUGGUGGAAAUAUAUUUCAUAGAAUUGUAAAAUUUUAGAGUUGGAAGGGACCAUAAGGGUCACAAGUAGCCCAUUCUUUUGCCCAAUGUGGGGCUUGAACCCACAACCCUGAGAUUAAGGGCCUCAUGUCCCAGCUUUUCCCCCAAGGAGCUCAAGGUGGCAGAUAUGCUUCUCCCCAUCCUCAUUUACUCUCCACAACAACCCUGUGAGGCAGGUUAGGAUGAGAGGCAGUGGUUAGCUCAAGGUCACCCAUUGAGCUUCAUGGCAGAGUAGGGAUGGGACCAGGACAAUUGGUUGACUAAAAGCUUUGGGGUAUAGGGCAUGUGGUUUGUAGCCACUGUGGUGGAAUCUAGACACAUAUUAAAAGCACUGUGAAAACACUUUUUAAAAAUAUAUUGAAAUUGCCGUAAGCUUACUGUCGCCAUCUAGUGUUACAUCUAUAUAAUGCACUUAAAACACACUUGAAACAAUAUAUGUGCAUGGCCAAGUCCUAUGUCUUACUCCAAAGUAGACCAACUGAAAUUAAUUGGCCUAAGUUAGCCACGUCCACCCAUUUCACUCUGAGUAGGACUGGAUACACACCUGUGUGUUUCUGUUGGAGGGCAAUAGCAACGGCUUUCCCUGUGUUGCAGACCACAUGGUUUGAGAGUCCCUGUCCACUGUAGCCUAGUUCAGAUGUAAUAGGAAACCACGAUUUCUUACUAUGUUAACAAGCUUUUAUGUGCCUCAGGUUCACGUGUUCUCCUGCUGCACCUCAUGGUUGCAAAGCGUCAUGUUCAGAAGUUUCCAUUUCCACUUUUAAACAAACCACAGUUUCCCAUGAUGUCUAAAGCCCAGAAACCGUGGCUUACUUAGUCUAUGGCUCAGUGAGGCCAAGCCAGGGUUAAGCUGUGUUUUCAGAAUCUGACUUGUUCUGAAAUUUCCUAUUAUGCCCCUAAAAGUUGCCAACACCACCUCCAGAAAUAUUUGAAAUGACUCUGCUUUUCAGCAAGCCUGCCUUCCCCUCAGAAUGGAGAAUUUAAUGACAGUGUUUUGUGACAUGUAACACCUUGAGUCCAGCUCGUUUUUCAAAGCCGGCAAAUCACAAGCUGAAUGCGGGGUCCAAAAAACAAAACAAAAAGGAGAGUGUUUCAUAAAUGUAUAUCCGCUGUUUCCAAAAAUAAUAGGGGAGAUAUUUUUAGUCUCAGUCCCAGCUGUAGCGCAUUUGGAAAGUAUGUGCUGUCUGCAUAAUGUAGAAUUGUGACAAUUGCUCCCCUCCUUUGAAAGUUUAUUUUUAAGAAAACAAACUCUGUGUACUCUGCAUCAAUAGGCUGAAGGAUACAAGUGCUAGCAAAUCUAAUAAGCAGUCCUGUUGGCGGAGAGGGGGACGCCUCCAAGGAGGGAACAAAGCUUGACUUCAACAGGCACUGAAAUCCCAAUUCCGUUUUUGGGUGCCCCAAUGCUGCCCUCUUCAGGAAAUCUGGAGAUCUUGCACAUUAGUUUUUUACAAACCUGUCUAAAAUCCCUGGUAGAGGACAAGGAUCCUGAGAUCACGUUAAGGGUAGCCAAAUUCUGUGCGAUUGCCAUAAAACUUAGGGACCAAGCUGUGCUAUCGUAAUGAUUAAGGUUUUAAAUGAUAAUUUUAGGUUAUAUGUUAGUGACUAAGUUUUUAAUUUAUAUAUUUUUUAACUGUUGCUAUAUCUGUAUUGUCCCUGUUAUACCUAAUUGCAAAUUCAAAUGUAUUCUUAUCCUGUUUUAUGACUUCCUUGAUAUUGUAUGUGGGCUGGAACUGGUCUGUGACCGAAAUAAUAAAAUUCAGUUCAAUUCAAUUCAGCCUCACAAACCUUCCUGGGCCAAGGUUGGUACCGCUGCUUAUUGCAGCUGCCAUCAUUAACCGCCUCAACUCCAAUAUUAGCAGCUACAGUAGCCAUAACAAACUCAAUUCUUCCCAGCACUAGUGUGAUGUUCAAAUCCCUUCUCGACCAUGCAGCUUGCUGGGUGACCUUCGGCUGCUCCCCAACUCUAAGCCUAAUCUACUUCGUAGGGUUGUUUUGAGGAGGGGGAGAGCAAUGUACACCAAUGAGCUCCUAGGAGGAAAGGGGUGGUCAUCACCAUCAUCACAAUCAAUCAGAUUUUGGGUCCCUGUUUAGCUAAACCUCAAGGUUUGCAGAGGCACUAAACUCUUUAGAGAGAAAAAGAAAAAACCCAAAGUGGGAGGAAACCCCAAAACAGCCCAAUAAGGGCCAAGUGUUAGAAGGGAAAGGAAACCCCAGAAAACUGAGAAAAUGGUGGAAUGGAGUAUCCAAAAACAAGGCGUGGUUGGUUGGAACCUUGUACAGGAGCACUCCAUUUUGUUGCAGGAACUUCUUGUAAUUAUUACAAUAGUAAAUUAUUCAGGUGCCAACCUAGGUAGUUGGUAGUUUAUCAUUCCCUUUUAUUGUGUGGUUUGGCAUUGUUUUUAUUUGUUUAGCUAUUUUUGUAAGCUUCUCUACUUAUACUUCCGCACAAUCCAAAGUGGCUGACAGUAAAAUAAUUGUAGUAUCAAUAAGGCCUCCCCCCUCUCACCCCCCACAACCAACACAAACAAAUAUCACAGCACGUAAUAAUCGUAAAAGCAACAGUCAGCAAAUGAAAGGAGAUUGCUUCCUACUGGGGUCCUAGCAGCAAGUGUGAUUGCGUGUUUAUUUGGUUGUAUGCAGUCAUUGCCCAGCAUGAGAUUCCAGGGAGGGUUUUGUGUAGCAAAAAAAAAAAAAAAAAGAAUUAGGGUAAUACCGUCCACCUUCAAAAGCUUGGGCAAAAAGGCGCAACUGAUGUCAAAACGUAUGCAGUAGUGAGUUCAGAUGAACUGCAGAGGGGAGGAUGUUCCAGAGUCUGAGGGCCACCACAUUUGAGGCCCUCUCAAGCACCACCACCCCAGGAACUCGUAGAAUUGUAGAGUUGAAAGGGAGCCCUUAAGGCAGGGGUCAGCAAACUUUUUCAGCAGGUCCACUGUCCCUCAGACCUUGUGGGGGGCCGGACUAUUUUUUUGGGGGGCGGGGGGAUGAACGAAUUCCUAUGCCCCACAAAUAACCCAGAGAUGCAUUUUAAAUAAAAGGACACAUUCUACUCAUGUAAAAACAUGCUGAUUCCUGGACCGUCCGCGGGCCGGAUUUAGAAGGUGAUUGGGCCAGAUCCAGCCCCCGGGCCUUAGUUUGCCUACCCAUGCCUUAAGGGUUAUCCAAUCCAAGUCCCUGCAAUGCAGGAACCACAGCUAAUGAACUGUUUGCACAAGCUUCCUUUUGCCCCCCGAGAACCAACCAUUGCAGACAACUUCUUUUAUUCCCGUGUUACUGGGUUUCCCCCCACACUGUCUUUCUUCUUUCCCCCUCCAGAUGUAAAUAUUGCGACCGGUCCUUCAGCAUUUCAUCCAACCUCCAGCGCCACGUCCGAAACAUCCACAACAAGGAGAAGCCAUUCAAGUGCCACCUGUGUAAUCGUUGCUUCGGCCAGCAGACCAAUCUCGACCGACACCUGAAAAAGCACGAACACGAGAGUGUGCCAGGUAAUGGGGAAUGGUGCAGGCCCAGAAUUGUACGAGUGAAAGGCGAGCCUUGAUUUUCCCACCUCCGACCGCUUUUUAAACACUUUUUCAGAGGCAGAGAACCCAAUGAGGCGAUCUUUGGAUAAGUGUUGUUCCCAGGUCAAUUUGGCUUGUUUUCAUUCAUUAGAUUGCUUGUGUGUCCUUCUUUACAGAGGACAUUCUUCUGCUUGAAGGAGUCCUCUAUUUAAUGUGCGCCUGUUCUCUUCCGGCACCGCAGUGAGCCAGCACACGGGCGUCAUCACAAACCACCUGGGGACCAACGCCUCCUCGCCGACCUCAGAAUCAGACAACCAUGCACUUUUAGAUGAGAAGGAAGACUCGUAUUUCUCCGAAAUAAGAAACUUUAUUGCAAAUAGCGAGAUGAACCAAUCGUCAGGCUUAGCAGAUAAAAGGUGAGUUGAGUUUCAACAUGUUUUUAGUGAUGAAGCUGGGAGAGUAUGAAUUGUGAGCUUCCGGAUCAGGAUCAGAGCCUAACCUCACAAUGGGGAAGGGGCCAUUUGGUUAGACAUUAAUUUUGGGAAGUGGGGUGUCUAGCCUAGCUCAGAGGUAGAGCACAUGUAUUGCUGUUUUUGGACUCCAACUCCCAUCAUCCCUAGCUAGCAAGACCAGUGGUCAGGGAUGAUGGGAACUGUAGUUCAAAAACAGCUGGAGAUCCAAGUGUGGGAAAACCCAAUCCAAGACAACUUUGUACUUUCACUAUGGUGACAGUAACAACCUCAGCAGACAUCUGCAAGGAUUUUUGGGGAAAAGCUUAAAGGAAUUAGGAAACAGCCUUAUGGAAAUGGAUUGCUUGCAUUAUCAUUAUAGUGCACUUCUGACUUAGUUUGGUAUUUACAACCCAAUUCUACAGUGUGAUGAUAGAACAUGUCUGAGCUGCUUCAGAACAGACUGCAGGUGGGGGCUCACAAAACACAAAAGUGCUCCUUCAUACAAAAAAGGGAGUAAAAAAAUCCUCACACGUAGAAAAUAGUGUUUCAGGGAAAAGGUUGACAUGCUAGAUUUCUGAAUACAGCAGUACCUCGGGUUAAGAACUUAAUUCAUUCUUAACCCGAAACUGUUCUUAACCUGAGGUACCACUUUAGCUAAUGGGGCUUCCCACUGCCGCCACGCGAUUUCUGUUCUCAUCCUGAAGCAAAGUUCUUAACCCAAGGUACUAUUUCUGGGUUAGCAGAGUCUGUAACCUGAAAUGUCUGUAACCUGAAACAUCUGUAAUCCGAGGUACCACUGUACAAGGAUUUAUUUGUGAGUGUCGGGAAUCAGAUUCCACGACCUAUAAGAAAAUGGUUUCCUCAGCCUCACCUUGUAUAAACAUUACUGCUAAUUUGACCUUUAGAUUUCAGCAUGCAUGGAACUCCCUGCCACAGUAACUCAGGGCUGCUGAAUGUGACCUUUUCCCACUGCCCCUAUUCCCUCAGAACGGAUUCGGAACAUCUUAGUAGCUUGAUACAACAGGCUUAGGCAGGAGAUGGACACCAGCACUGGCCAAGAGGAAAAUAUGGCAAUCUCAUUCUGUACCAAAACAAAACACAAAAACCGUGUGAAAUAGUUUGCUUUUAAAACUUUGUGCUUUAGAUCUAAAUGAGAAAAGGAAACCCUGAAAAGUCAAGGAUGGAGUUUUGGUGGAAAAUCAGGAAUCUUUCCAUGUUAGUUGCAAACACACACAAAUUGAUACCAAAUUAGAGGUGGAAUCCUCAGCAGACUGGCAUAAUUGAUCUCUAGGGAGAAUGAAAUUGGGGGGACCUGGCUUUCAUAUCUGUGGGUUUUUGUUGUUGUUUUUUAAUUACAAGCAGCUUCUGAGCUUGUUUAGACUAUGUGAUGAGAUGCAGGGCUCCCUACCCUUAAUUUUUUUAAACCUCACAUUGGCUGGGGGGGGGGAUAUUUAAUCAGCUUACGAACCAAGAGAAGAAAUAAAUAGGGUCCUUUUUGUACCCUGAACACAAAUACAUACUCUCUCUCUCUCUACUUCCUACUAGGCAGUGCCAGUUCAAUUACGAUCAGGCUAUUCUGAUCUUUCCAAAUGCCAUGUAAUGUGAACAUGGACAUUUAAGAAAGAAAGAAAAAAUACUUAAUUUGUGUGUGUGGUUUUUUUGCGUCGAGAAUUCCAUGUUUGGAGUGGGGCCCCCAAGUCAGACACUAAUCACGGCAUUUCUGAUGGCUCUUGAGGGUCGAUGCUUAUUUUCUGUCUGGGACAAUGUUGUUCCUGGAUCCUUGUGGGCCUGUGGCAAAGAUAUCAUCUGAAUUAAGCAUGGCAAGCUGUCAGCGCCGGGUUUAUAGUCAGCCAAGCAUACAGAACUUUGAAAUGAGUGAUGUCAUUCAAGUUCCUUAUUUACCUGGCAUGGGCUGUGAACUUCUCCAGCUCAGCUGUGUUAUAUCGAUUGAGUGUCAUUUCCAUCCAGCUUAGCAUACAGGCCGUUUCAGAGCAUCAGCGAAGAUCCCUGGGAAAUAAAAGUUUUCCAUAGUGCCUUAAGUAUACUAUGGCAAUCUCAAACACCGUGCAAAUUGUUGUUGCUGCUGCUGUUGCUUUUCUCACCAAGGGACCGGAAGCAACUUAACACUAAAGACAAUUUAACUUCGUUAAACUUUCUUCCUAUUUCUCCCCACCUUUUUCCUUGUUUUUCUAUUUUCUUUUUGUGUAAAUUCUUUUUCUUUCAUAACAGAACAAUGUGUUUGAUUAUGUGUAAAUUUUUAAUGUGGGAAUCAAGAUUAUUUUUUAAAAAAACCAUUAAAGACAAUUAAGAGCAGCCAAAUUUAAAAAAAAAAAAAAGACAGACCCAGCUAUACAGAUAAAAGGCAGGGCUUAGUUAUCCUACCCACUAAAAGAAGCCACAAUUCCAAUCCUUUCAAAUUAAGGGCCAAAAGCCCAGGUAAAGAGAAGAGGCUUAAAAGCAGGGGUGUACCUACGGACUGGUCAAGUUGGCCCACCAAGGGCACAGACCCAAAGGGGUGCAAAAAGUGUGUCUCUUCACUCUUGGUCAGAGUGACUAGGAGCCCGCCUGCUAUGAACUCUCCCAGCAGCUUUUCCACCGCUCCGGGUGGCCGGGCAAGGUGUGCAGGCUGUUCUGGGCUCCUUGGCAGAGAAAUAUGGUUGCUGACAGGGGCCACGGCAGCUGCGCCUUUUCCCAGUGGCACUGUUAGAUGUGUGAGUGGAGCGCCCAGUGGAGUUUGGGGGGAAGAAAGAAUGAGAGUGGGUGAGGAGUUGGAGGAGGGAAUGGAAGAAGAAGAAGAGUUUGGAUAUGAUAUCCUGCUUUAUUACUACCCGAAGGAGUCUCAAAGCGGCUAACAUUCUCCUUUCCCUUCCUCCCCCACAACAAACACUCUAUGAGGUGAGUGGGGCUGAGAAACUUCAGAGAAGUGUGACUAGCCCAAGGUCACCCAGCAGCUGCAUGUGGAGGAACGGGGAAGCGAACCCGGAUCACCAGAUUACAAGUCUACCGCUCUUAACCACUACACCACACUGGAAUGGGGGAGGCAGAAGGGAAAGCAGCAAACUGAGGGAGGAGGGAAGAAGGCAGACUGGACCAAGGUGGAGGAGGGGAGGCAGAACAGACCAGACCUGACCCUGAUGGUCACGGGGGGAAAGUCACUGGCGAAUGCAGAAAGCGACAAAAAGCGAACUUUUUGAGUUUCUGGUCCAUGGUCUCUCCUGACUUCAGAGGCACAAGGGAGCCUAGGUAUGCCUCUCCCUAAAAGUAGAUCCAUUAGUACCUGGGAUGCUGUAAGGAGUGCGCUCAGUUGUAACCCAUGAAGCUGUAGGCCAUGGGACGUGUACUUUCCAGGUAAAAAGAAUGGGACGCGGGUGGCACUGUGGUCUAAACCACUAAGCCUCUUGGACUUGCCAAUUGGAAGGUUGGCGGUUGAAAUCCGCAUGACGGGGUGAGCUCCCGUUGCUCUGUCCCAGCUCCUGCCAACCUAGCAGUUUGAAAGCACGCCAGUCCAAGUAGAUAAAUAGUUACCACUGUGGCGGGAAGGUAAACAGUUGGUUUCUGCUUUCCUUCACUGUGCAGCUCUGCUUGUCACGAGACAGGUGUUUACAUUCCACAGUCUGUACUGUUGGAGUUUCUCACGGGAAAGGGAGACUGGAUGUGACGUACACUGGUUUCCUGUUUUUCACUGUGUGAUUCUCUCCGAGCUGUCGAGGAGAGAGGAUGCAUUUUCUGCUCCGGCAGAGGCAAGAUGUCUUUCUGUAAUAUACCAGCUUUGAACUGUAAAUAAAGCAAUAUAGAGUAUGUAGCACGUACGCCUCAUCCUUCCGCUGGCCACGAGACUCUGCUUAAAUCAACACGUGGUUAUGGGCCCAGAAGUCGAAUCGGAGUGCCGGCAAAGGAUCGGAAUGCAGAGGGACAGAUCGGAACGGAAUCUGCUCUGCGCGUAGAAGUGAUUGAUGAGGUAUGUGCUACUGCUCCGGGCAGCCUGCCAGCUUCAAGUUAAUGGCUUUAUGGCUGGACUUUGAACUUUUAAAGCCGGUUUUGCCGGGAAUAGGCAAAAGGCUCCCAGGCACAAGUCACUAUGCUGGGGAAAUCGAAAGUAACUUUUAAGUGUGCCUUUGUAAUAAGGCAGCUGCAGCAGUGACGCAGCAAGAUUUAAAGCAGCAUAUGACGCUGAAGGCUAAUGCCAGAGUCAUGAUGGCCCUUCAGGAUGCUUGUGGGAUUCCUAAGCUCAAAAAGAAAAAUUAUGCCGACUGGGUUCUGUAUGCAGAGGCAAUUCUGCGGAAAGAGGGUUUGUUUGAGGUGAUUACAGGAACCCCCCCAGUUCCAGUUACAGAUGCAUGGGAAGCUAAGGAUUCCAAAGCAAGGGGAACUCUUACAUUGAUAGUAUCCCCAGAAGAGCUCUGUCUAUUGCGUGAUAAGACCUCAGCCAGAGAAAUUUGGGACGCUUUGAGAGAGGCUCACUUAAGGACAGAAGCUGGAUCCACUAUGUUUUACUUUAACAAGCUGCACAAUAUGGCUCUUGCUGAAGGUGGAGAUGUGCGUUUACAUCUGAUGGAGAUGCAAAAUCUGAGACAUGAGCUGCAACAGAGAGGACUCAACUUUCCAGAGGCUGUGUAUUCUUUCAUGAUACUACAAUCUUUGGGUUCAGGUUGGGAGUCUGUUGCAACCCAGAUUGCUGUGCAACCAACUGCUCAGCUGACAGUGGACUUUGUUACUGCCGUGAUUUUAAAUGAAGCAGAUCGCCGGGGUGCUAGCUGCAUGGGCAAGGGGAGUCUUCACAGACGUCAUCCCAUAGUGCAGUGGAACCACCAGAUGGCGCCAAAGCUUUGAAGGCAGUGAAAUGCUACUCGUGUGGACGUCUAGGCCAUAUGAAGAGGGAAUGCAGACAUCCCAGGGCCAAGGCAGAGCAGCGCAGCGAAAGCUCAUCGCGCGGAAAAGGCCGAGGCAAAGGCAAAGGUCCGGUGUCUAGGGACAACGCAGCACAAGGCUAUGGUUUCACGCUUCACUCCAAAGGUUGCAGAGGUCCAGAAGACGUCUAGAUCUUUCUUCGUUGUUGAUUCAGCGGCCACCCACCACAUGUGCAACGAUAAGAGACUGUUUGUGUCUUUUACACCGCAGGAAGGUGCGAUUCACCAGGCGGAUGACCACACUAUUCCCAGUAAAGGCUACGGAACUGUUGUUCUUCACAGUUUGGACUUAUCGAUACAGAAUGUGCUUUACGUGCCAGACGCCAAACAUAAUCUGCUCAGCGUUGGACAGCUGAAUGAGCGGAACAUUGACGUUUCCUUCAAGAACAAGAAGUGCAUCAUCACAAAGAAAAAUGAUUAUGUAUUGCAUGCAGAAUAUGUUGAUCGUUUGUUUGUUUUGUAUUAUGAUGAUGUGGUGCAGGAUGACACUUGUUGCAUUGCAGGUUCUAACAAAAGUUUGCAUGCAGAAUGUAUUCACGAUUUUCAUCGAAAAUUUGGUCAUUUGCAUUUUGAGGCAGUAUCUAAAAUGCCUGCCUUGGUUGAAGGUAUGACUAUUAAACCCUGCAGGUACCACAUGAAGUGCAAAGCAUGCGCAGCAAACAAGGUGAAAAUGGCUGCAAAGGUAAGGUGUCUAGUAGGAAAGCUACAGAACCAUACCAGGUUGUUCAUGCUGAUUUGGUUGGACCACUAGCGCCCUCUUUGGGUGGAAAUAGAUACUUCAUGGUUCUCAUUGAUGCAUUUUCUAGAUAUAUUUUUGUGUACAAUCUCAAGCAGAAAUCGGAGGCUUUUCCUAGGUUCAAGGAAUUCUGUGCUUGGUUGGAAAAUGUGCAUGGUAAGAAGAUAAAGACUCUUUUCAGUGAUCGCGGGGGGGAAUUCACUUCUCAGCAGUUUGAAGCUUUUCUGACUGAGAAAGGAAUUCAACACGAUUUGUCUAGUCCUCGCUCGCCAUGGCAGAAUGGACUUGCGGAACGGGCAAAUCAGACAUUGCUUCAAGGAUUAAAAACCUUGCUGCAUGAUGCCAAUCUUCCAGAGAGUUAUUGGGCCGAAUCUCUCUCGUGUUUUGUUUACAGUUACAAUCGCAGGUUAUCUUCAGCGAUUGGUUGUACCUCUAUGAGAAGAUGUUUGGCAAGAAGCCAUACAUCAAACACAUGAAGAUUUUUGGUUCUGACAUGUGGGUUCGCUCACCACAAAACUCCAAGUUAGACAAGCGUGGAUUGCAUGGUAUCUUUCUAGGUUAUCAGAAAGGGUCUUACAGAAUAAUGAUGACUGACUCUAAGACAAUUAAGCUCACGAGAAGUGUUGAGUACAAUGCAAAGUGGGGGAGAAUGUGGGAAUUUUCCAAUGUUAUCCUGAUGACGGUGAUGAGACUGAGGAUAGUCAAAAGCAACCACAACAGCCCACACCCACUGAUGAAGGUUCUGAGUCUGAAUCUGAAACUGAAUCGGGUGAUUCAGAGGAUUUCGAGAGUGCGAAAGCCUCUAUGCGACCCUCUGAAAGCUCUGAUCAAGAAUUGGAGGAACCAUUGUUCACAAUAGGUCGUUUUUCUCCUAAGAAGGAAGAGGAGAGUGUUGAAGACUUAAGGCUAAUUCGUAGGUCACAGAGAGCCACAAAAGGCAAACCUCCAAAGAGAUUUGCUGAUGAGUUUGCUAAGAUAGCAGUAACAGCUGUUAAAAGCUCCAAGAAGGUAUUUGAACCUUCAAGUUUCCAAGAAAUCCAGGGUUUGGAUUCAAAGGAAGCUGAGCCAUGGUUAAAUGCCAUGAAGGCUGAGCUUGAUUCCUUAGAAAGGAACAAAACAUGGGAGCUAGUUCCAGUAGUUCCAGGAAUGAAACUGCUUGGAAGCAAAUGGGUCUUCAAAGCGAAGACAGAUCAAAAUGGCAAGAUAGUCAGACACAAAGCCAGAUUGGUAGCCAGAGGUUUUGCACAGGUACCAGGUGAAGACUAUCACGAGACCUAUUCACCCACAGUGAGAUAUGAAAGCAUUAGGCUUAUGCUCAAGCUAGCUGCAGAGGAAAAUCUACACAUUAGUCACCAUGAUAUUAAUACAGCUUUUCUGUACGGAUCUCUAGAUGAAUCACUUUAUAUGCUUCCACCUGAUGGCGUACAGGUAAAACAGGGAUUUGUUUGUGCUCUGAAGAAAUCCCUUUAUGGUCUCAAACAAAGUGCACGGUGUUGGCACACAAAACUCACUGAAGUAUUGUUUUCUCUAGGUUUUCAGCAAGGGAAAGCUGAUCCAUGUGUAUUUGUCAAAGAGGAGGGGCAAAAGAAACUGUACUGUUUGUUUUAUGUUGAUGAUUUAUUAUUCUUUUGGAAAGAUGUUGCAAUGUACAAUAGCGCCCUAGCUCAACUGAAAGAGCACUUUGACAUGAAAGAUCUUGGUGAGGUAAACAACUACCUAUCUCUGGAAAUAGAGAGAGAUCAAGAUGGUAACAUUCUAGUACACCAGUCACGGAAAAUUGCUGAUGUGUUAAGCAAACUAAAUCUGAUGGAUGCUAACCCUGUAGACACACCGAUGACAACAGGUUAUCAGGUAGAUGACACUGAAGAAGCAUUUUCUGACACUACACUGUACAGGAGUGUGCUAGGCAAGCUAAACUUCAUUGCCAGAUGUUCAAGACCAGACAUUGCUGUUAGCUGUAAUUUGCUAAGCAGACAAGUCAACAAUCCUAGUGUCAAGGAUUGGAAAGCUCUGAAACGCAUAGCGCGGUAUUUGAAAGGCACUAUGCAUUACAGACUGAGAUUUAACAAUCAGAAGUCUGGUGGUCUUGAGAUAUUUGCAGAUGCAAGUUUUGGAAGUGACGCUACAGACAGGAAAAGUACGUCUGGAGUUUGCUACAUGUACAAUCAGAGUCUGUUUGAUUGGUCAUGCAAAAAGCAAACAACAGUUAGCUUAAGUACUUGUGAAGCCGAACUGAAUGCACUGUCUUAUUCACUUAAGGAUUGUGAAUGGUUAGUACAAUUGUGCAAAGAUAUGAAAAUUCCUGUCAAAUGUCCAAUCCAGGUUUACCAGGACAACAAAGCAUGUUUGGCUUUGCUGAAGUCUGAAGGUUGUAAGCAAAGCACAAAGCACUUGCAAUUAAAGUUGCAGCAUGCUAGGGAAUGUAUUCAGAAGAGACUCGUAACGGUGUCCUAUAUGCCAGGUAAUGAAAUUCCUGCUGAUGUAUUGUCCAAGAUUGUAUCAAAGGAUCAACACUGUACCUAUGUGCAGAAGUUGGGUUUGUACUGAUAUUGUGCAAACACGCUGCCCAGUGAUGUUCACAGAAAGGGGGAGGAUGUUGGUUUCUGCUUUCCUUCACUGUGCAGCUCUGCUUGUCACGAGACAGGUGUUUACAUUCCACAGUCUGUACUGUUGGAGUUUCUCACGGGAAAGGAGACUGGAUGUGACGUACACUGGUUUCCUGUUUUUCACUGUGUGAUUCUCUCCGAGCUGUCGAGGAGAGAGGAUGCAUUUUCUGCUCCGGCAGAGGCAAGAUGUCUUUCUGUAAUAUACCAGCUUUGAACUGUAAAUAAAGCAAUAUAGAGUAUGUAGCACGUACGCCUCAUCCUUCCGCUGGCCACGAGACUCUGCUUAAAUCAACAGCACUGUGGUCUAAACCACUAAGCCUCUUGGACUUGCCAAUUGGAAGGUUGGCGGUUGAAAUCCGCAUGACGGGGUGAGCUCCCGUUGCUCUGUCCCAGCUCCUGCCAACCUAGCAGUUUGAAAGCACGCCAGUCCAAGUAGAUAAAUAGUUACCACUGUGGCGGGAAGGUAAACAGUGUUUUUGUGUGCUCUGGUUUCUGUCACAGUGUUCUGUUGCACCAAAAGCAGUUUAGUCAUGCUGGCCACAUGACCUGGAAAGCUGUCUGUGGACAAACGACGGCUCCCUUGGCCUGAAAGCGAGAUGAGCGAUGCAACCCCAGAGUCGCCUUUGACUGGACUUAACUGUCCAGGGGUCCUUUACCUUUACCUUUUUACUUUCCUGGGCGUAAGACAUUCUCAAAGGAGCAGAGGCUAGGAAGGUAUGUGGAUGAGAAAAUGUCCUAGCAUAUUUCUUAUAACCCAACAGCCGAAAAGCACCUUUACAAACUGAAAGUCAUCUUUGCUCUCUGUUUACCGCAACCCCCCUCCAAAAACCUUUGCACUUGCAACCCGCAGGCCUGAAAUCCAGAAUGCUGAUGGCAACUCCCAGUGCCAUGGCCUCGCAAAUGACAAAACGGAGGAUGUCGACGAGGAGGAGGAAGAACUGGAAGAGGAAGACGAUGACAGCCUGACGGGGAAGUCGCAGGACGAGACGGCAUCACCGACGACAGAGCCGCAAGGAGGGUAUGAGGAUGAGGAAGAUGAAGAGGCCACGUCCCUUACCAUGAGUUUUGACCGCACCCGAAGGUGGGUGGGACAGGACUUUCAGUGUGUGGUGGGGGGAACGCCUGCUUUUCCCACCCCUCAUUGGCAAGUCGUGGGGGGGGGGAUCGUGAACCAUCCAUUUGGCGUGGCUAUAGCAUCCACCCUAGAGGUGCAUCGGUACCUCUGCAAUGAAGGGAGUCUAGCUCAGCUCUCAGCAUUGGCCCUGAGCUGUGGUGACAGGCAAAGCCACAGAACAUCAUCAGCAUCCCAUGCAAGCUUCCGCAGGCUGCAGAGAGAGCCUUUGGGCACCUUCACACAUGUCUGCUUCAUCCAAGGCAUCCAGGGAUCAUGGGAAGUGCAGUUCCCAUGGGUCCCUGUAUGCCCUGGCAGGCACGUCUAAGGUCCUCUCUAGCUUGUGUCCCUCCCAGCAUGGAUGAGAACUCUCAACCUCACACAAACACACACACACACAGCUGGGAAAUAAGGCAUAGUCAAGUGUACUAUGGAUCACCCAGCAUUUUUCAGGAAAGACUGUGAGGCUCAAUCCACUCAUCAUGGCAGUGUUUUGAAACCCUCUAUGCUCGCCAUAUUUCACCUGCAGUUGGUGAGGUCCUUGCUGUUUUUGCUCUUCACCAUGGCAUUACCCUGAGGGAACUAGGUGCUCCAGAGCCUAGAGGGGGCCUUUUGGACUCUUUUGUCACCAUUAUGAAGUCCAUAACUUUCAGCUACACACACACACAUGCAAGCAGACGCCCACAGCUUCUUCCUCCUUGGUCUCAGUGCUGCCCUUUGUAGAACUCGGCAGGGAGGAGGCUGGGAACAACUGUUUGGCUCAGCCUGUUGUUGGCUCUGGCGCCACCUGCUGUUGACCUCCCCGCCUUCCACCCUACCAGUCUGGAUGGGCACCACCUGGUGCUGACACACCCCCAUACAGGCAAGCAAGAGGCAUUAUCAGAGUGCAAGGACCCAAUCCCGCCAAGCAGAAGCACUUGGUGUGUGGGGGUGGGCAUCGCAGGAGCAAUGGGGUCUGGGGAGCAUCCCAAGGGUUGCAAUGUAUAGCAGGGCCAGGGCAGGCACAUCUGGCCUCUGGGCCUGAGCUUCCUCACCCCUGGUACAAGGGGGCACUGAGAACCCCUUUGAGGCAUCUCCAGGGAGAGCUCCUCAGCUGGGCAGUGAGACCAAAUGGCGCAUGCAGCACCACAUGCCAGUGAGACGGCGUGCGAUCCAAGCUCACACAGCCAUGCCCACGCCAUGCUUUGCUUGUUCCUCGGUGUCAUUUGCAAGCCCCUCGUCUGUCCGUCCAUGUGCCUGUCUCUCCUUCUCUCUCUCUCUCUCUCUCUCUCUCUCUCUCUCUCUGUGUGUGUGUGUGUUGUGUGUGUCUCUCUCCCUUUAACACGUCCUGCAUGUAGCUUCCGGGCAGCUCCUCCAUGGUCUGUGCAUGUUGUCAGCCCCUGCCCGAGUUUGGCGACGCUCACCUUGGCCCCGUUUGUGAACAGUCAGAUGCGCUAACAGGUCCACCCCUCCCCUCCCCUCCUGGUCAUUGGUACAGGUGUGUUGAGGAGGACGAAGCCGGCCUGUUAGAUUUGGAGCAGUUACCGCAGUUUGGGAAGGGGCUGGAUCUACGCAAGGCGUCCGAGGAAGCUUUUGAAGUUAAAGAUGUGUAUAACCCCACCUUAGACUCUGAGGCAAUAAAACAGACUCUGUACAGGCAGGCUAAAAAUCAGGUAGGUGUACCCUUGGGAUAUUUUCCACAGUUUUCCCUCUCGUGGUGACGAAGGGGGUUCAGCCCGUUUGGUUUCCUUUCCUCACUGAAGGUCCCCAUGAGCAAUGGCCAACACUGGGAACUCGCAGCCAAGCAGUGGCAGGUCCCACAAAACAUUAUAGGGGCAUGUUUUCAUCAGGAGUUAUGGGUUGGGUUGCCUACCACUCUGACCUCAGAGGCGAUGGUGGGCAGGGCGAAUGGGUCAACCUGCACGGCCAAUUUCUCUUGGGUUUUAUAGGCUGAGCCAGUGUUUUGUAGAUUUGCUGUGGGGAGCGGUACCAAGAAAAUGCAUCAAACAUGGACAUGAGUUGCUAGAAAUUUUGAGGGUCUUUUUCUCGGUGGUGGGGUAGGUUGCAUACCUUAAUUACAGGAGAGGUAGCCUUGGGUAGAUGGUUUGGUGGUGGGGGUUUUUAUUUCAGUUUUUUAAUAAGUCCGAGAACUUGCCAAGUGCAAUUGGCAGUCAGCAAACCUCCCUGUCUUACCGCAUCCUUCGAAAUUCCUUCCAGCCACGUGGCUGCUUCUGCACUAGGUCACCAUGAAAUGCUAGCGGCUAGAAGGAAUACAGAAGGCUGUGGAGCAGGACCUGUCAAUGUGGUCCCCUCCAGAAGUUUUUGGAUACCAGCCUCCAUCACCCCUGUUGAUUGAGGAUGAAGGGAGUCAUGGCCCAAGCAAACCAGGCGGUCACUACCUUGCCUACUCCUGCUGUAGGUCAUGGGUGGAGAAUCUGUGGCCCUCCAGAUGUUGCUGGAAUAAAACUCCUAUCAUCCCUUGCCAUUACCCAUGCUUGCUGAGGCCCAUGGGUGUCCAACCACUUCUGGAGGACCAUUGCUUCUCCAGCCCUGCUUUAGAGAGACCAAGAUUCUCGCUGGCUGUUGAAUUAUGGAGAAAUAGGUUCAACCCAGCACUUGUUUCAUACUGCCAUAGCUUGCCACUCCUCGCCUUGAAAAAGGAAGAAGCAAGAAUCCUUGGCAGGAGCAUUGGUGAAGUGGUAGAGAUCCUUUCAACUGCCUCUCACAUCACCACUCUUUUCUUAAACUCAAGAAACAUUGCUUUGCAAACUGCAAAGUUCUGUUGAGAGCCCAGCUGCCCACCUUCUCAACUUGUUUGAAGACCACCCUCUGCAUCGAUACAUGUACAAAUUUGGGUGGUGGUCUUGCGGGUUGCAGCCAGCUGAGUUCUGCUCAGAGAAGACCCAUUGAAAUAAACAAGUCUACGUUCUUCGUUGCAGUGGGUUUACUUUGAAGAUGGUCCCCAUGCAACAUAACCCCAGUAUUCAUGCACCCUGUCACAGCAUCCCUGAUCCUGGGGAGAUUUGAGGUCCGUGAAAAUUCUCUCUCAUAGCUCCCCCUAGCCUUUCUUCCAAGAACUGCAGUUAUUAAGAUUUUUACCUGGGAAGAUAGAAUUGCUGUUUAAACCAUUUUAAGUCUGUAGGAAAGACCCUCCCUGAUGGUAGCUGCAGAGAACCUCAAGCUCCCCUACUUUUGUUUUGUGUGGGAAACUUAAUUAUCAUGUUCUUGUUUGUUAAGAAAGAAAGGGAGGUCUCAUUUCCUGUUUCCAUGCAUGUCUCUUUGUCUUUGUCUUUUUAAUACUAAUAUGCUGAAAACCUACUAAUUUUUUAUGGACUUUGUGUUCUCUGUUCCUGUUUCCCUGCAAUUUCAGUCUUGGUUUUACAGAGGGCUCCUGUUGUUGCUUUGCUACAAUGGUAUAUACACCAACACAGAAUUGUGAUUUCACCAAAGGCAGUAGAGCUGAGAAGGAGGGAGAACACAGGAUUUCAUUUCCCAAACCUAAACCUUUUUACUGUUCACUCUGAAGUCCAUCCUCCUCUUUUCCUAGUGAGGAAUCCUGCACUCAUCUCCCUGGAUUCCAUGGUCAACAUUUGCUAUUGGAUCUCAGUAGGAUGGGGAUCACAGGACAUUGUUUCCCCUGACCACACUUUUCUGAUACUGAUUCAGAUCAAUCAGUCUGGUGGAAACACCAUCCUCUGGUUGGAUGGCCAUGUAUCAGGGAUUAUUUAACUGUGAUUCCUUCAUUGCGGGGGGACUAGAUGGCUCUUGGUGGUAUCUUCCAACUCUACAGUUUCUAUGAAAUAAACCCUCCCCCCUGGAUUCCAUAGCAAGGACAGCCUAAGAACUCAUCCAGUUCAAGCAGUGGUGCCAUCAGGGGGCAGAGGUCCAGGGAUGCCCCACUCAGCAGAAAUGAGUAGGGUGCCUCCCCCCUUCCCAUUGCAGCAGUGCUCACUUACCACAUUUGGAAGCAAGUGGUGACAUUGCCAUCUCAAGGAGGGGGGACUAGCUUUCUCGGGCUCAAGGACCACAUUGCCACCUUCCAAGCCCCCAGAGGCGGCAUGCCAGAGGUAGCGAGUGUGGCUUAAAAAUGGGCAUGGCCACUAGAGCAGGUGGGAGACAGGUCAUCCCCUUCCCCAUUGAUCCAAUCAAUUAUUUGAUGCGGGGCAAGGGGGCAACCUCAGUCAGGAAGUGAGGGAACUGAAGCAUAAGGAUGCCAGAGGAUGAGAUGUGUAAACUGAGCCAUUCUGAUUUCCCAUCUCACCCCCCCACCCCAAAAGCAAGGGUAGCCAAUGUGGCACAUUCAAGAAGCUACUGAACUGCAACUCCCAUCAUCUCUUGGCCAUAUGGACUGGAGUUCAUAGAAGACAACCUUGGCAGCCACUGAGAUUUAAUCAGAGUAGAUGCAUAAAAAUUAAAAGACCUUGGGGGUCGUGCCCGUUCCCUUCGCUGGGUUGCAUUCAGCGCUAGCCCUGCUCAAAAGAAACCCACCCCAAAGAAACCCACUGCUCAAAAGAAACCCACUGAUGGGCAUGACCCAAUUAGGUCUAUUGAUUCCAGUGGGUCUACUCGGAGUAGGACUUGGUUGGCUACAAGCCAGCAGGGGUAUAUUCUGAGCGUGAAGAACGCCAGACACAACUCUUGAAGUCUGGCAACAUCUGGAGAGCACAGUGCUUGCUACCAUAGGUAAAGGUAAAGGGACCCCUGACCAUUAGGUCCAGUCGUGACCGACUCGGAGGUUGCAGCGCUCAUCUCGCUUUACUGGCUGAGGGAGCUGGCGUACAGCUUCUGGGUCAUGUGGCAAGCAUGACUAAGCCGCUUCUGGCGAACCAGAGCAGCGCACAGAUCGCUGCUCUUCCCGCCGGAGUGGUACCUAUUUAUCUACUUGCAAUUUGACGUGCUUUCGCGUCCCUAGUCCCAUGCAAAAACAUGCCACACCACCAGGAAAGUGCUCUUGCACCAAAGUACCUUGAAGUGAAUGGGGGUGACAUUUGUUUAUCAUGACUACAUUUAUGUCCCACCUUUCCUUUAAGGUGCUUAAGGAGGUGUGCAUCAUUCCUCUUCUCCUAUUACAUCCUCACAACAACCCUGUGAGGUAGGCCAGGCUGAGAGACUGUGCCCCCUUAGUAAGCCUCACAGCUGAGUGAGAGAUUUCAAACCUGGGCUUCUGGGUCUCAGCCCAGCCCUCUAACCACUACACCGCACUGCCUUUCUUAGAAUCCUGACACACACACACACUUUUCUUUGCUGACAAAGAUCUGACCAGCAUGUAUUGAUGCCCUCUUUCCCUCGCUGUGUUUUUCUUCUCUUCCCCCCCUUAGGCUUAUGCAAUGAUGUUGUCCCUUUCUGAGAACACUCCCCUCCAUCCUUCUUCCCAGAACUCUCUGGAUGCUUGGUUGAACAUGGCAGGUGCUGCUUCUGAGCCAGGAGGCUUCAGCGCCGUCGGUCAUCUCUGAGAGGCUGGAGGAGAAGGCGCCCGGCCCGAGAUCCCAAGCAAGGAGGCCGAGGUGCCACACAUCUCCCCUCUCAGACCUUCUGGUCAGCAGCGGAGGACUGGACAGGAAGCCCUCGGGGCUCACCCACCCACCACCGGGAGAAGGAACCCACCAUGGACAGCUCGUUCCCUGUUCCGUCCGACCUAGGAAACCACCACCGCAGCAGACCUAGGGGCCUGCCAUCUCUCUGACGCAUAGUACAUCCCAGGAGCGAAACUUGCUUCCUGCAUUGGGCUGGGAGGGGGGGGAAGACCAGGUGCAUUUGUCGUUAGCAAAUCCAGUCGUGCCCCACCCUCUCACAUUACAGACCGUGUUGCUGAGCCAGCAAAAACCUCCUUGUAAACAACCCCACCCUACCCCACUUGAAGUCCUUUGACCCUCAUAUCCAGUUCUGCUAAGAAGAAGAGAACGACCUUCUAGGCCAGGUCCCAUUCCAAUGAAGUCACUGGAGUUCUGCUGAGAUUAGGACUUCCGUUGAGUUUUGUUUGCUUCCUUCCCCCUCUU